UCCCCGGAAGUUAUUGGGAUUUCUCUCGCGUCUCCGAGAUGGACGCUGGAGAGAGAGGCGGAAAUUGUCGUCGUCGGUGUCGUAACGAUUGGGAAUGACACUUGGGAUUCCAGACUGAUGGCGUCGGGUACAGCUAGCCGCUCUGAAGACGAAGAGUCUCUAGCAGGACAAAAAAGGAGCUCAUCGCAAGUAUCGGGUGCCAUUCCAAAACGACGUAGUUCAUCCAGGUUCAUCAAGCGGAAGAAGUUUGAUGAUGAGCUGGUAGAAAGCAGCCUUGCCAAAUCAUCCAGCCGGGCCAAAGGCCCUAGCGGGGUAGAGCCAGGACGCUGCUCUGGCAGUGAGCCGUCUUCUAGUGAAAAGAAGAAGGUGUCCAAGUCCAUCUCAGCCCCUGUCACUCCAAGCCCCGCUCCAAAUCCCAGCCUCACCAAGCGGAUGAAGAAGAGCAAGCAGCCCUUGCAGGUCACCAAGGAUUUGGGCCGCUGGAAACCCACUGAUGAUCUGUUGCUGAUCAAUGCUGUGCUUCAGACCAAUGAUCUGACUUCUGUCCACCUGGGAGUGAAGUUCAGCUGUCGCUUUAAUCUGCGAGAAAUCCAGGAGCGGUGGUAUGCUCUCCUCUAUGACCCUGUGAUUUCCAAGCUGUCUUGCCAAGCAAUGAGGCAGCUGCAUCCUGAAGCCAUUGCAUCUAUGCAGAGCAAAGUGCUAUUCAGCAAAGCAGAGGAACAGCUGCUAAGCAAAGUGGGAUCGACCAGUCAGCCUACUCUAGAUACAUUCCAGGAUCUGCUGCACAAACACCCGGAGGUUUUCUACCCUUCCCGCACUGCUAAAGUCUUGCAGACACACUGGCAGCUCAUGAAGCAGUACUACCUCCUGGAUGACCAGACAGUGCAGCCACUGCCCAAAGGAGACCAGGUGCUCAACUUCUCAGAUGCUGAAGAUAUGAUAGACGACAGCAAGCUGAAGGAUGUACGGGAUGAGGUGUUGGAACAUGAACUGACUGUGGCAGACCGGAGGCAGAAGCGUGAAAUUCGGCAGCUAGAGCAAGAGCUGCACAAAUGGCAAGUGCUGGUGGAUAGUAUAACAGGAAUGAGCUCCCCUGAUUUUGAUAACCAGACAUUGGCUGUGCUGCGUGGACGGAUGGUGCGCUACCUCAUGCGCUCCCGGGAGAUCACACUUGGCAGAGCCACCAAAGACAAUCAGAUUGAUGUAGAUCUGGCACUGGAGGGCCCUGCUUGGAAAAUCUCCCGCAAACAAGGUGUCAUCAAGCUGAAGAACAAUGGCGACUUCUUCUUGGCAAAUGAAGGCCGACGGCCCAUUUAUGUUGACGGGCGACCGGUGCUUUGUGGCAGCAAGUGGAAACUCAGCAAUAACUCAGUGGUUGAGAUUGCCAGCUUGCGCUUUGUUUUCCUCAUCAACCAAGACCUGAUUGCUCUUAUCAAGGCAGAAGCUGCCAAAAUUGCCCAGCCCUGAGGCUUGGAUCAAACCAAAGGACCCCAUACCUCUUCCAGCAAGGACUGCUGUUUUCUUUGCUGCUAAUGCCGUUUCCUCCAGUUUGCCUCCUUUGAGGUUAGGACACAAAGCUGUCAUGGGCCUUUUCUUUCAGCAUGGAGAAGCUCUGCUUCCUCUAGGAGCAGCUCCUCUGUGUGUGUGUGUGUGUGUGUGUGUGUGGGCACACGCUCACCCACUGGAGAGGGAGGUAGAGAGAGAGAGAGAGAGAGACUCAGGCUUAAACAGAGCCCUUUGGCUAACCGAAGCUCUUUACUGAUUGUCCUGGGUUGUAUGGGAAAUGGCUUGCUGCUUCUAUUGACUAUUGUGCUUCACUCUCUUUGGGACAGAGUGACAACAUUUUUGAGGAGGGGAUGUGGGCAGAGCCAGUGUCAAGCUACUAUAGUUAUCAGUUCUCUCGUCUGCACUGUAUUAGUACCAUUUCUAGAUGUCAGUUUUUCAGGUAUUGUCCAAUAGAAUCUCAGUUCCCUGUGUAUGAAAAAAAAUUGAGUGAUAAAUU